AUGUUUAUGUUCUUACUCUUUCUAUUCUUCCAACCCGUCUUCGGAGUCGAAAAUGCCGAAUUCAAAAAUUAUCUUGAUCAGUAAUUCAAAUUUGCUCAUCUAAAUUCGAAAAUAUAUCAUUUUACAGGUUGAGAGAUGAUUCGGUUAGACCGUGUGAUAACUUUUAUCGUCAUGCCUGUUCAACAAACGCCACUUCGUCAUUUUGGCAAGAAUACAUAACAAUUGGACAACAACAAUUAAAAAAUCGAACUAUUUCAGAUGAUGUCUCGAAAUAUUUUGUAGGUUUUGCUAAAGAUUAAUGAUUCCAUUGACAUUUUAAGGUCGAAUUUAUCGAGUUUUCUUCGGAUGAUGAAACGGUAGCAAAAUUAUAUAAAAACCUGCAGAAUCAGUACUUGAUUAGGUUUGUUUAUCACAAUCAAGCUUAAAAUGGGUUAGCCAUAAUUACGAAAUUGUGCAUUUUAAAAUAGGCAUUUCUUUUUAAAAUAGGCGUGAUUUUACAAUUUCAAAUUUUUCCAUGUCGCGCUGAGGGAUAUGUCUAUAAAAUUACCAUAAGUUUUAAUUAUAGUUGUCAAAACAAUACGCUUGAAAAAUUCCAAAACAUUGUGGUUGAAGUAUUCAGCGAUAGAGAAAUUGAUUUCUCUAACUCAGAAUCAUGUCAAGGUAAUUUCGAGAAAAUAUUGGAACUGGUGAGUUCAAAACAAAAUAGUAUGUUUUUAUUCAUUAAUUUGAGGACGAAUUGGAAUAUCAAUCAGAUUCUACCGUCAAAAUAUUGGAAAGAAUACUAUGGUAUCAUAGAAAUCGAGAAAUUGUUCGAACUUUAGUAACAUUUUUGGAAGAAAUUCGAGUUGUAGCUGUUGAUUGGAUUGAUGUUGGUUUCGCUCAGUUAUUUCAUUUAAUUUUUUGAUUUUUGUUUCAGAAAACGCCAUGGAUUAGUAAAAACAACAAAACGGAUAUUUUUGAUGAGUUUGUAGAACGAGUACAUUUAAGAAAAAUUCCAUUGGUUUUUGCGGACAACCAAACACAAGAAUUUUCCGCAUGUCAGAAAAAUAUUCAAAAUGUUAAUAUUAGCGAAGAACUAAUAACACAACUGUGUUUGAUAAAAGUAAAGAAAAAUGUCGAACGUAUGAUUGCUCAUGACUUAGAUGCUGGCACAAAUACUUUGACUGGGUUGAUUUAUUUUGGAACUUCGUUCUAUUUUCAUGCAAUGUUAUCUCAUUCAUUUGCGGCUCAAGUAAGUUAGGGUAUAUGUUACUAAUAAUCUUGUUAUUUUAAAGUUUGGAGUGAUUGGAUUUCCAGUUGGUCAUGAACUUGGACAUCAUCUUAUACAAGACGAUACAGACUUUGAAAUUUUUUCGAAUGUGUCCCGAAAAUGUAUUCAAAAUCAGUUCAAAAAGACAUGUGAAAUCUAUGGAGAGGUAAAAAGAGAGACAUAUAUAUUUCAUAAAUAUUCAUUUGUGAAAUUUGAUUAUUUGUGUUUUAAUAGGAAACAUGUCAUGUUGUUGACGGACAACUCGAUGAUAAUGGAUCUGAUUUAAUUUCUGGACGCUUCAGCGAUGCCAUCUUAACCAAAAAAUUAGGACGAUUGCUACACGGCUUUGCAGAAGGUUACGGAAAUAUAACAAACUCUCAAUUAUUUUUCUAUUCUCAAGCAGCCUAUUUCUGUGAAGUAAGUUAUAUUCCCAAUUUCAAAAUUAUCUAACUGUUUAUGUCGCAACGAAAUUUCAUAUCAAUAUUUAAUCAUUUCAGCCUACUCCACGAGUCAGUUAUUCAGAUCAUGCCGCUUCAAACGCUCGAAUAAAUGCUGUUGCUGCUCAAAGUGAGAUUUUCAAAACUGCUUUCGGGUGCUCAUCAGAUUCAAAAAUGGUACAAUCGUUGAAUGUAAGUUUCGAAAAAAUGAUUUAUAAUCUUCAAAUUUUUUUUUCAAGGAAAAAUGCUACAUUUUCGGUGAUCAAGCUCCAGAAACCAAAAACUCUGGUGUUCAUAACCAUUGA